ACGGCAAACCGCCAGGAGAGGCUUCACACUAAAACCGAUUCAAAGUCAGUUUUAGCAGCGGCGAAGGUCCGGCCGCUUGUUUCUGUUGUCACGGGAUGCGCUGCCUCCACAAAGAGGCCAAAAAGUAAACAGAGAUCGGGGUGGAAGCUAGUGGCAGCAUGGAUGAGAAAACACUGCCAGCAAACUAACGCCACCUUAGUCAACGUUUGCCCUGUGGUAACAAAACCCGGAUUCAUUUUUGAAGAAAGCUCACAAGACAUCUAACGAAAGGAACGGGCAAGGCAAAGAUGGAGAUGCUGUGUUUCCGGUUACCGGGUCACGGGGACACGACCCUGAAGCACAUGAAUUCACUGAGGUCCCGUCAGCAUUUCUGUGACAUCACCAUCAUGGCCAGCAACAACCAGAUCUUCAGGGGACAUAAGGUGGUGCUUGCCGCCUGCUCGCCUUUCCUGAGGGACCAGUUCCUCCUCAACCCAUCCCCAAAGCUUCAGGUGUCAAUGCUGUAUAGCUCCACAGUGGUGUGCGAUCUGCUCCAGUCCUGUUACACUGGUGUGCUGCAGUUCAACCCAGAGGAGAUUGUCAACUACUUGACCGCUGCCAGCUACCUGCAGAUGGAGCAUAUUGUGGAGCGCUGCAGAGGAGCUCUGAAGAAGUAUGUGCAGCUAAAGAACCCCAGUCAGCCGAAGAUGACUGCAGAGGAGAAUCCGUCUCAACUGGUGAUCGUCAGUGGCAGCAUUCAUUCCGUCGCAUCUCCUCCCACGAGCCGACCCUCGCCCGUGGACCCAGCCAGUCCUGUGGUGCGAUCGGCCGAGGAGAACAACAGUGAUAUGUCCGCUCAGGGCAGCAGUCAACACCACGAUGAUGGUCCCAUGCUGGAUGAGCCAUGUAUUAAGGUUAAUGGAUCAGAUGAGGAGGAAGAGACCAGACAGGAGGACUACAGCGUGUUCAGGGUCUACAUCUCCGAAGAGGAACAGAUGAACAGAGACAGGGAGGAAGAGAAAGGAGCUCCUUCUGAUGGACCCCACGCUUGUUACCCAGAGACAGAAGGUGUCAUGAUCGGAGAAGGUGGUGAAUAUGACUUGAAUCGAACAGAGGAAGAUCUCAGCAGUGGGGGGCUUUCAGUGGAGGGGCUCCGCGCUCUCAGGCGCAGGCUGCCCGACGCUAAAAUUGGCCGGGGCAGAGGGAGAGGCAGGGGGAGGGGUUUCAAAAGGAGAAGGUGGGUGUCGUCUCAGGAGAAAAGACCUCCGGGCGUGGCUCACCACCAGGAUUUGUGGUACCUAGCGACCACUGGACUGGGAGGGAGCAUCGGGCUGGACUACAGCCAAGAAGGGCUGAAGACAGGAAGUUACGUCUCAGUCGAGCUCCCACGGUUGGACUUCAGCAUGGGCGACACUCAGGGAGAAAAAGUGUCACCAAUAGCAGCCAACGGUUUGAACCAAUAUUCUCUAGAGGAGUCUAGUUGUGGUGCUGGUGAGGGGAGUUCAGGGCUGACAACUGUCGGAACAAACGAGGGAGGGGACGAGUCGGUCGCGGUUGUGGGGUCCACAUCGAGCGUCGCGGGGCCUGUAAUCUGCGAGCACUGCGGCAUGACUUUCCCCUCAGCCCACUCUCUAGCUCUUCAUUCCCGCUCCACUCACCUGCUGUACGCCUGCCCCUGCUGCGGCAAGCACUUCCACCACUCGGCCAACCUCACCCGACACAUGGCCGUGCACCGGGGCGCCGGCAAAACCCACCAGUGCCCGCUGUGCUACAAGACUUUCACCCAAAAAUCCACGCUGAUAGACCACAUGAACCUUCACAGCGGCGAGCGCCCGCACCACUGUGCCUACUGCCACGCCCGCUUCGCCCACAAGCCCGCCUUACGACGCCACCUGAAGGAGCAACACGGAAAAACCACGGGGCAGAACUCCCUACACGAACAGGAGGAGAUUGAGAGAGCAAGAGGAAGAGUACGAGAGGAGGAACAAGAAUGCCUGGUGACUGAACAAGUGUCAUAGGCCAAAGCAUUAAGGACAGUAAAGGGUCAAAGCUAAAGCUCCUCAGGCAGCUUUCUUAAGUUAAAUUCACAGAGUUAAGUUCUGUCCAGUGGGGAGAUCAGUCUUGUGGAUGUUAAACAAGUGCUGAAAACUGACUAUGAGGCCUUUAAAAAUCAGACUGUGAAAAUAAAAUCCCUGUGACAACAUAUAUUUAGCAGAUUUGCAUAUGAAUAUGCAUAGUAAAUGAUGGAUGUGGGUAAAAAUGACUGAGACUCAACAGUCAACCACCUAUUUACACCGAGCCAAAUGACCUUUUUUACAGCAGACAUUUUGACUUAUCAUAAUACUGAAAGUGCAGGUGUUACCAAUAACACUAAUGAUAACAGGUGAACGAUGAUUUCAGCCAUCACUUAUUUUAUUAUUUACACCUGUGCUUUUCAUACGGCUCAAAAUGUGUGCUGCGGAAAGACUCAAGUAAUUUUAAUGUUAAUGUUAGAAUAGUUUGAUUAGUUUGCCUCGGACUGUAAUCUUGAACUUGAAUAUAAUGUAUGUUGUAGAUGUCAACUGAUCACAGUUCAGAGAAAAGAUUAUAUAAGUGAGUGUAAAUAAAAUGAUUCAAAAGUC